UCUGUAAAAAUCUCAGAAUAAACUCAAUUCAAUUCAAUUAUUCACAGCUCUACAGAAGUCGUUAACAUACUUACAUAUUUUCAAAGACUAUAAUUGUUUGCUAAAUUCAAUGUUGGACGCGUCAAAAAUGAAGCUCAACAAUAAUAUCAUGAUGCGUGGUUUGAGUGAAUUUUCGGCAACAGCCAUAUUAAUGAUCUUCAGCUGUAUUGGCUGCACGGCAAAUCAACAGGAUUACAAUCAUGGAAUUCUCAUUGCAAGUCUGAUCCAAGGAAUGGCCGUUGUGAUGAUUAUGCAUAUCUUUGGAUUUAUAUCUGGCGCUCAUGCAAAUCCGUGUGUCUCGAUUGCUUGCUGUUUGCUCGGUCAUAUUGGAUCUCAUAUGAUGAUGUUCUAUGUGGCCAGUCAGCUUGCAGGCGCUGCAUUUGGCUAUUUUCUAUUACAUCAAAUGGUACCCCAGGUCACGAUUAUGUCCAGCAAACUUGGCAACUGUAUAGUGGAACCCAUGGAAGGUCUUUCCUAUGUACAGAUUUUGAGCAUUGAGGGCUUUCUUGCAGCAGUGAUGACCUUUGCUUGGUGUGCUCUGUGGGAUGUGCGCAGUGGACGUUUUCUAGACUCGGUUACCUUGCGCAUUGGAUGCUUGAUCACAGCAUGUCAUUUAGUAGGAGCACAGCUGACUGGGGCAACAAUGAAUCCAGCCAAGCUGCUCAUUCCAACGCUCUACAAUGGAAACCCGGAAACUGUGCUAAUGCAAUUGUCUGGCCAGUUGGUGGCUUGCAUCAUUGUGCCUCAAAUCUGGCACUUUGUCUUUAGCCAACGCUAUCGACCUCUGCGCGUGGAGAACAGCGAGAGGCCUUCGCCUGACCUAUAUUUAACUCCAUAAUUAUUAAGACUAUAACUGCUAAUAUAAAUACCAUAUUUACUCAUGAA